CACAAACGCCACACGCCUCCCUACGCGAACGACUACCAUCCUGACAACGCCUGCACCAACACCAGAGCCUACUCCAACGCCUGAACUCGCUCUCUUUAUACCUGUCUCCACCAACACAACAACGACUAAAGCAAUCCCCCCUGCCCACACUCCCAAUAUCACCGACCCAACGACACACGCCCCACUUUCUCUCACGUCGUCCAAUUCGACAGUCCCUCGAUUCCCAGAUCCGACAACGACUGCACCUCGAACGGAUGCACCGACGACAGCAGCACCGACCAUUUUGGUAGUUCCUCAUCCUACGAGCGCACCCAACGUGUCUGCGGCCCCAAAUAUCACCACGAAAGAGGCUGCUGUCGUGAUUGUCGAACCGACCACGGCAAGUCCAACAGCGACGCCAAUGGCGACCAGCACGGCACCGUCAUUGCAACCCGUUUCGACCUUUCCCGGCGUAACAGACAUGCCCGUGAUCACGAACAAGGUAGAGGAAAAUGCCACGGGAACAAACGAGCGCCCUGCGACAACGGUGUCGUCCGAAGGUUCCGUGGGCUCGACGCCUUCCCCAUCGAACGCAAAUGUGCCUGGUGAACUAAGUGGUGGCCCCGAUGCGAUGGACGGCCCCGCCCCAACUCGCCCGAUCUCGGCAUCACGCACAAAUUCCUCGGGUAAAGAAUCCGGCGUGGGCGACAUUGAUCCGUCGCAAGCGUCUGCCCCAAGCACCGACACCCACGGACAUCGUACGAGUCGUUUCGUGUUCAACGCCGUUGUCGCGGUCACGCUGGCCUUCCUCGCGUUUUUCCACUAUGUCGCGAUGGACACAACGUGCGUGGUCCCAGACACACCAUGGGGAGCCCUCGCCGCACCCAACUCAUGGGAGCUCCCGUCGUUCGUGUCGUUCAUGCAAACGGUCGCCAUCUUGUCAUGUGCCAACGUGGACGCCCCCCACGCGGCAUUGGUCUCGUUCACUGACUCGUUCUCGUGGGUCAACUUUGUCGUGCGCGGGUCGGCGUCCCCCUUGGCCAAGACUCAUGCAGCAGCGAACGUGCUCUCCGACAUGGCCAGAGCACACCAACGCACGCUGGCAAGCGCCAACGACGAUGCUGCCAUAGCGUCAAGUGGCGCGUUUGGGAUACUCCAGUUUGCCCUUCGCAUGAACGUGUUCGAGUUGGACCUGUUUGUCCGAGCUUGGACGUUCUGCUUCAUCGUGCUCUCGUGUCUGUUGGCGCUCGUGGUCAUCACUGCCUUGGUGGCGGGCGCUUCGAAGCGCCGCGGCGUCCUGUUCACUCUGUCCACCAUGGGCAGGUACGCUGCACACAUGGAGGAAGCGAGCCAUCGGCUACAAGGAUUUACCGUUUGGUUUGCCACGAUCGCAGUUCUCCCGCUCGCAACGGUGUCCAUGUACGAGCUCAUGCGCAACGUCACGUCGACUGCCGGGGUCGGUUCGAUUUCUGGCGUGUUCUCGCUCGCCGCGCUAAUCUUUCUCGGCGACAGCAUCCUAGUCGCGGCCUGGAUAGUUUCCCGGUGCACGAAUGUCGACUUGAGCAAGUACCGCGCCAAGGUCACGUUUGGCGUGUUGUACACGAACCUCAAAUUUGAGUUUCGCGCGUUCUUCGCCGUGUCGCUUGCGGUGCAGUACGCCACCGGCCUUCUUGCGGCCAGUGUCGUCGCGCCGUCGACGCAGCUCUUCUUGCUCAUGGGGCUGCACCUUGCGUACGCCAUUCUGAUUGCCAUGGUAUCCCCGUUCAUUUCGACGUUGCAACUCGUGUUCACAGUCGUGUUUGAACUUGUGGUCGUGGCUGUGUUUGGCAUGGCGUACGGAAUGGCCCACACAACCAACGCCAGUUCGAAGCGUACGUUGGCGUACGCCGUGAUCGUCCUUGUGUGCAUUGUGGUCGUUGGGAUGUUUGUUCGCUGCCUGUAUAAGCUGUGGAUGUUUGUGGUGGGCACGGACAUGAGCGCAAUCAACUCGAUCUACAGUCAAGGGGCGGUAUCACAAGUGGAAUCGAUGGACCACACUACCCACUGUGGUCGAAACUCCAACGAUACGCUUUCGCUCGACAUCGACAUGGACAACUUUGCAACCUUCCACACCCCGACGAACACUGUCAACUUCGUCGAGACAAACGCCAAGGUAUACGCGAUAUAAAGGGAUGUCAAGGUGGCACUGCUCGGGAUGGUUUCUGUACUGCGUUUCCGUGAUGGUUGACAGGUAUUCCGCAGCAAUCGAUCCCUGAUUGCCGCCAACGAUCGACCUACCUCGCAAAUGUAGUUGACAAAAUAUAUCAAGACUGUUCGUGA